CAAGGCUAUAAUGUUGGACAUGCUGGUGGCCUCCAUGGACACAUCAGCGACAACGAUUGAGUGGGCACUCUCCGAACUCAUGAGGCAUCCGAAAGCGAUGAAGAAAGUCCAAAAAGAGCUAGAAAAUGUUGUUGGAUUGGAUAAAAUGGUGGAGGAAUCAGACUUGGAGAAAUUGGACUACUUGAACAUGGUAGUGAAGGAAACCUUUAGGCUACAUCCAGUAGCACCAUUACUGAUUCCUCAUGCAUCCAUUGAAGAUUGCACUGUCAAUGGAUACCACAUACCCAAAAAAUCUCGGGUCCUCAUAAACGUGUGGGCAAUCGGGAGAGACCCGAAUGCUUGGACAGAUGCAGAGAAGUUCAUACCAGAAAGAUUUGAGGGUAGCAGCGUUGAUGUUAGAGGAAAUCACUUUCAGCUUAUCCCAUUCGGCUCUGGCCGAAGACGUUGCCCUGGAAUUCAGCUAGGCCUUACUGUGGUGCAGUUAGUGCUGGCACAACUUGUGCAUUGUUUUGAUUGGGAACUUCCGAAUAACAUGUUGCCAGAAGAGUUGGACAUGACUGAGGAGUUUGGCCUUACGGUUCCAAGGGCCAAGCACCUACUCGCUAUACCUUCCUAUCGCCUUCGCAAAUCAGCAUAAGGUGCAUGUACCACUCUUGUAGCUUCAUAUAUUUGCUUUCUUCACCUGAGGAAAAUAAAGAUAAAAAAGAAUUGAAUAAAA